UAAGCGCUACAGCCAUAUAAGAGGGCUCAGCUGAGGCGCUGCUCCUGACACAGCUACACGGCACCAUGAUCUGUAUCCUGUUCGCUACCCUGACGCUGGCCGCUGGGGCUCUCAGUUGUGGGGAUCCCGCCUACCCGCCUCUCUUGACCAGAGUGGUUGGAGGAGAAGAUGCAAGACCAUUCAGCUGGCCCUGGCAGGUGUCCCUGACAUAUGGUGCCAAUGGCGGCUGGUAUCACACCUGUGGGGGAACCCUCAUUGCACCCAACUGGGUCCUGACAGCUGCUCACUGCAUCAGCUCUUCUCGGACCUAUCUAGUGUUUCUUGGCAAACACAACCUAAGCCUUGCUGAGGAAGGAUCGAUUGCAGUCAGUCCACAAAAGAUCAUUGUCCAUGAGGGCUGGAACCCAAACCGUGUCGCAGACGGCAACGACAUCGCUUUGAUCAAACUCUCCCAGAGCGUUGCCCUGAGCAAUCAAAUCCAGCCGGCCUGCCUCCCCCCAGCAAACAGUCUCCUGGCCUCUGGCGUCAUCUGCUACGUAACAGGAUGGGGAAGGCUGCAGACAAACGGUGCUCUCCCAGAUAUACUGCAGCAAUGGCGAUUGGUCGUGGUGGAUUACGCAACCUGUUCCCUGCCUAACUGGUGGGGUAGCAUAGUGAAACCCACCAUGAUCUGUGCAGUCAGCGACGGGGUGAUCUCCAGCUGCAACUGGGACUCUGGUGGCCCACUGAACUGCAGAGGUGCUGAUGGCAGGUGGGAAGUGCAUGGCAUAGCGAGCUUCAGGUCCAUGCUAAGCUGUAAUUAUUACCAGAAACCCUUCAUCUUCACUCGGGUCUCUGCUUUCAACAACUGGAUUGCUACGGUUAUGGCAAACAACUAACCUGAAGAGCCGUGGACAACAGACUAACCCUGUGCUGGGGGAAGGGAAGUUAUUUUGCUGCUUGAAAUAAAGUUGUAAUCACAAAAUUCCAAUCUGAUGAGGUGCUGAAGGAAUCUGUGUAUAAUAAAUAACCAACAUUUGUUUUCAA